AUGAAGUUCCCCAUCGUCCUGAGCGCCGUCUCUCUUGCAGGCUAUGCAUCUGCGUUUUACGGCCAAAUGGCUGCUUCUACGUACAACGUCUACGAAGGCAAGACAUUCCAGUUUAUUACCCUGACCGACUACAAUACUGGAUCUGUCUACCAGGGUGAAUUGUGGGGAGGAUUCAAUGCUUGCGUCGACACUCAGUGUCAAAUUACCUUUGGUGAAAAGAGUAGCGGAAACUACAACUUCAGAGCGUCCAUGUGGAGGACUGAUGAUGGAUGCCAUAACAUUGAUUUCCAGGGUGGUUUGGAUGCUCAUCAUGGAUACUGCUGUGGAUCGCUACCAUGUGACUUUACUGCUUAG